UCAUCCCAUCCAACGGCUCCGGAUAGUCAAUACCAGCUGUCGCCCGUGUUUUCCUUAUUGCACAUCCUAUGUCUUAACUUACAGCGACUCCGAUCAUCUUUCAUCCCGUGGCCUGAGUUUUAUAAACGCUCCGACACUGCUCCGUAUCUAAUCAAACCAUCAGGGAACGAUGUUCCAGUCAUUCACAGGCAACGCCCGCCGCCCGCGACAGGUCAAUCUCGGAGGACGCAAUACAAAUCCGUUUGCUGCAUACCCUUCUGGGAGGCAGCAUCCUCGUGGGCCUGGACCUCAGAAUACCCUCGCUAUCGCGCAGCAGGAAAGACUAUUGAGACAGCAAGAAAGGGAACGUUUAGGAGCGGGUCGGACUAUACAGAGGAUUUGGCGGGGUUAUCGGAGUAGGAAGCAUACUCACAAUGCCUGGAGAGAGGAAUGGGAUGUUGCUGAAGAGAGAAGGACCGAGGUAUUGCCGUCGUUUGGAGAUCCAGCAGGAUACUCGAACCUCCUUCACGGACAUCCUGUCCCAUAUAAGACGGUGGAAGAGUGUUUGUCUCAGCUAAGGCUUUUGGUUCAGUUUUUGGAGACGACAAAUGUCAGCGAUGUUUCUCGUCUCGUAUAUUUCUCAAAUGUCUUUCAGAAGACUUUGCACGAAGCCUCUACUAUCGCAACGGAAGGAGAAUGGACGUUGCUCUUGGGGCGCCUUGCUAAAGCAACGCUGGGAGUUUUACGCUCAGCUCAGUCUUUGACAACGCUAACCUUUGCAGUCAAUCCUCUUCUCGGAUUGCUCGUAUUCCUUACUGGCCUAAUACCCAAGCAAAUGGCGCGAAUAUCACAGGAGUAUUAUUCUGUUAUGGCCAUCCUGACGAAGAAUAUAGAGUUUUUUUCCCAAGUGGCCAGUCUAUCUCAAGAUAACCUCAUUCAAAGUGUACUUGCUCUACUUCGACCUAUCACAUCUGAGACUCUCACUGCGUAUGAAUGGUUUGCGAGAAGCUACCUUGCUAUCCCGGAUCUGCCAGCAUAUCUAGGAACACUCGACGGGUUAGCAAAUAAUACCAAUUACAAGCUGCUGACCUCGUCCCUGGAAACUCUGAGCCUUGAAACAAAUGAAACUGUUCCCGGUACAGAAGACGUGGAAUCCCAUCUUUGGCUCCUUUCAUAUUUUAUCUUCUUCCAUCGAAGCGCCUUCGGGGGGCAGGUCGUUCAUCAAGUACCAGAACCUGGGUUUGUGAAGGUUGUGUCUCAGCUUCUUAAUUCAACCGCCCUACAUAUCUCGCGCCGUCUCGAGCUGGAGGAGGUUACAGAGGAUGGCUCAUCUCAGGAAACUCCACUUCCUCCCUUUGUCAAGGAGCAGAUUGUCAGUCUGGUCAAUCAAAGCAGUAUCACGGGCCUGCUCUCCUAUCAUAACUCGACCGGUCUUUCUCGGGGGGAAUUGGCAGAUGUCCGGUCGAAUACGUCGCAAGAAGCCAAAAUUCUCGCCACAUAUGCCCUGACUCUCUUGAGGGUGUUCCCCCGUAGGGGGGAUGAUAUUCGUAUGUGGCUGUAUUUGGGCUCGGCUGCUUCAAGCGAGCAGGCGACUGGUCAGCCAGGCGCAAGGAUACCGGCGAUCAAAUUUUUCUGGCAAGCCUCUAGGUCCAGUCAGAUAUUCCGGUUAAUCAGUGAAGAUUCCAAUAACGUACUCCCUCUACUAAAGCCAGCUGAUGCGUCAAAGUCUUCCGGGCUUUCAGGAAUGGCUGAAACUGAUAGAGGACAAGAAUGGACAAUCAUACUCCUUUUCCUAGAGCUGUAUACGUUUGUUCUGAAGGUUAUGGAUGAUGAGGAGUUUUUCUCCAGCAGCUCUUCGUUUACUGCCUCCACGAAUGCAAGGAUCUCGUGGACCAGAGAAAGCGCAUUGCCAUUAAAAGAGGUCAAGGAUAUGACGAUCUUCCUGAAAAACCUGGCCUUCACGUUAUACUGGAAUGCUGCGGAUCUAAACGAAAAUGAACCCGUCCAGGAUACCGGUGGAAUCCGAAAUUAUUUUAGCUCUUUGGCUCCAUCUCCAGAUUCUCUCAUGAGCGUUAGAGAUCUUGAGAUGCGGAACAGAGGGCUGCCAGGAGUCACAGGAAUACCGCUUGACUACUUUAAGGGGCUAGUGACAGGCUUACUACGAAUGAUUCAUGAGCGUGAUUCGAGGCGCAAAUUUCUCCCCGAUGGGCAUUGGUUGAUGACUAGUCGCUUUGACAUGGAAGGUUUCAUCCCAGCUGUGGUGGCAGAAGAGGAAAACAGACACCAACUCCAAGAUGAGGAAGAUGAAGAAGAUAAUCAAGAAGAUUUUACAACCGAUGAGUACAACGAGCCUUCCCUCAGUCUGGUAGGUACUGGUCGUGUCCAACAAAUACGCCGUAUCGAGGCUCUAAGGCGGCGCCAACAACAAGCUGCCCGCAGAAGGCAACUUCAGGCAGUCGCUCCUAGGCUUGAAAUACUGAGAAACAUGCCUUUCUUUAUUCCUUUUGCGACAAGAGUACAGAUAUUCCGAGAAUUUAUCUACCGAGACCAGAUGCGCAGAAGACGUGGCUACGUUGACCCAGAUGCCUGGCGUAUGUCUGUGGCGCAGGCCUCUAUGGGACGAAUGAUCGACGGUCACCCUGCGGUUCAUGAUAUUCUCAGUAAACACCAUGCAGAUAUCCGACGUGAAAGUGUAUUCGAGGAUGCUUUCGACCAAUUUUACGGGCUGGGUGAAGGUCUCAAGGAACCGAUUCAGAUCAGCUUCAUUGACAGAUUCGGCACAGUGGAAGCCGGCAUCGAUGGAGGUGGUGUAACUAAAGAAUUCCUGACCAGCGUCACAAGCGAAGCCUUCAAAUCUUCUUCUGAUGAAGCGAAACUAUUUGAAGAGAACGACCAGCAUCUCCUGUACCCAAAUCCGGCCGCCGUUGAACAUCGUAAGGAGCUUCUACGACAACAAGGCUUUGUUGCAAGCAGCCCGGAUUGGAACGAGCAUGUUCGCGAUCUGCUUAGGCGAUAUGAGUUCCUGGGACGCAUUAUAGGGAAGUGCCUAUACGAAGGGAUAUUGGUAGACGUCAACUUCGCUCCUUUCUUCCUACUAAAGUGGGCCUUGACUGGUGGCACUGGUUCUGCACAGAAGGAAUCGGCCUACCGAGCCAAUUUGAAUGACCUGAAAGAUCUUGACGAAGGUCUCUAUCAAGGCCUGCUGCAACUGAAGAAUUAUCCUGGAGAUGUCGAAGACUUUUCUUUGAAUUUUACUGUCACAGAUACCAUUCCCCUUUCGAACUCACGCAACAAGACCAUCACCAGGGACCUGAAACCCGAUGGCUCAAACACACCUGUCACGAAUCAGAAUCGACUUGUUUACAUUUCCUACAUUGCACGCUAUCGUCUCCAAGUGCAACCAUCGAUGCAAACAAACGCUUUCCUCCAAGGUCUUGGGCAGAUAAUCCAGCCCUCCUGGCUAUCCAUGUUCAAUCAGGCAGAAUUGCAGACACUUGUCAGCGGUGAUUCGGGUGACAUUGACGUGGCCGAUCUGAGACGGAACACUCUGUAUGGAGGGAUUUAUACUAUCGGCGACGAUAAGGAAGAGCAUCCCACUGUGAAAUUAUUCUGGGAGGUCAUGGAGAGCAUGACAAAUGAGGAGCGCCAAAAGGUGUUGAAGUUUGUAACCUCGACGCCUCGCGCUCCUCUACUAGGCUUCAGCCACCUCAAUCCCCGAUUCAGUAUCCGUGACUCGAGCGAGGACCAAGAUCGGCUGCCCAGCACGAGUACUUGCGUUAAUCUUUUGAAGUUGCCACGGUACUCUAAUGCAAGAACGCUCAAGGAAAAGCUGCUCUACGCAGUCAACUCGGGCGCGGGUUUUGAUCUUAGCUAGAACAGGGCGGCAAAUUUAAUCAGGAGACUGAGGAGAGUGUGGGGAGCAAGAUAUGAGAUUUUUUUAGUGUUCAUUUUGUCUAUACAACUAGCGAGGAAUGCAUAGGGAUUAGAUUAGGUUCGAGAUAGGGUCUGUUUUCUCCAUGUUCACGAGUACCAUAUCAAUGCUGUCUGUAUCGAAGAUAGAUCCUCAAUGCAUCCAUGACUCCUACAAUCCACCCAGGCAUCGAAGGGAUCUUAUGUGCUUUAAAAUAAAUCCACGAAGCUCCCAUCCCUCUCGAGGCCUUCCACAUGCAGAGAACAGCCUCGAGCGCCAGGCCUUGAAUAUUACCACACGAGACAAAGUGUCAGAAUAUUAUCGAUGAAGUCUCUUAAAUAAAAG